AUGCAGCCACCCCCAACUCCACCCCCUCCUCCUACACCUCUUCCUCUUCCUUCAGUCUCCUUGGGGCAGCAGCCAACACAGCUACGCCCCGGAAGCCAGGAUGCAGCCUCUAAGCGUCACCCAAACGUUUCAGCCCCAGGCCUGCUAGCCCUGGCCGAUGGGCCUUCCUGCCUCACUCUUGUGUUUGUCCCAGGCCCCCGCCAAGGUAGGCAGAAAACAACCAGGUUGUUAAUGAUAUCUCUGGAGCCAUCUGUCAGAGUUGAGCCUUGCCAACCGGGGCAGGGAGAGGGGAGGCGGGGGACCUCUAUGGAGCCUCACCGCCGGGAGCUGCUCGUCCUUUGGCAGCAGAGUCUGGCCCAAGCCAUGAUGGAGGUAGAGGCCAUGCUCAGAAGCAGAGGGAGAGCUAUGGCUAGGCAAAUGGUAACAUGUGGAGGAGGAGCCAGGAGGCCUCAGGGAGGAGCUGCCGCUCCAGGUGCACAUGGCCAAGGAGCAGGCUCACCUCCAUUACCUGCGCUCUUCGCUGAAGACCACACAGCUUCACCGGCUGCCUGCUCUUUAACUGAAGGGUAUCAUCUGGCUGCCACAGUCCACAAAGGAUGCGGCACAUCCGAGAGACCUGAGGAGGACGAAGGAAAACAGAGACAACUUGAACUCAUGACUGUCUUCAGUCUGCUAUCAAGGCCUUCUCAAAAAAAGUCACCUCCUUGUAGCUGAGAACUCAAUAGUGAGUCAGAUAUCAACCACACCCAGAGCAUAGGGUCCUCUCAGUCAGGGCUGAAGCUGACUCCAUGCCUCACAGAAGAGUAGCUGAAGAGAAUUCACUGCAGUGAGGAGGAUCACUGCAGUGAGUGGCUGUCUCUCAUGGCAGCCACUUGACCAUCAAUAAUAAUAAUAAUAAUAAUAAAGACUGGAUUUUACUGUUUCACA